UUCCAUACAUAACUGUCAGCUGGAACAGGGCAAUUCUCACCAUAUCUUUCUGUUUUUGCCAGUGAUCGACCUUCGCUUAGUUUUGCCAGAAUCCCGGAAUGUCAUCCUUCAAGGACAAAGUUGUGAUCGUGACCGGAGCCAGCUCCGGCAUUGGAGCAGCUGCCGCCGUCCACUUGGCCAGCCUGGGAGGACUCCUGGUCAUCGUCGGCCGCAACGUGCAAAAGCUUAAGGAAACGGCCGACAACAUUGUGGCCGCAGGCGGAUCUCCUGCGCUGGAAGUGCAGGCGGACAUGACCAAGGAGCCGGAGGUGCAGCAGAUAGUGGCCGCCACUCUGGCCAAGCACGGGCGCAUUGAUGUGCUGGUCAACAACGCAGGCAUCCUGGAGAGCGGCUCCAUCGAGAACACCAGCCUGGAACAGUUUGACCGCCUGAUGAACACCAACGUGCGCUCUCUCUACCAACUGACCAUGCUGGCCACCCCGGAGCUGGUUAAGACUAAGGGCAACAUCGUGAACGUGUCCAGCGUUUGUGGACUGCGCGCCUUUCCCGGCGUCCUGGCCUACAACAUGUCCAAGGCGUCCGUGGACCAGUUCACUGCCUGCGUGGCUCUGGAACUGGCUCCCAAGGGCGUCCGUGUCAACGCCGUCAAUCCGGGCGUGAUCGUCACCGAGAUUCACAAGCGCGGCGGCAUGGACGAGGAGACUUACGCCAAGUUCCUGGAGCACUGCCGGGUUACCCACGCCCUAGGUCGUCCUGGAGAUGUUAAGGAGGUGGCCGCGGCCAUUGCCUUCCUGGCCAGCGAUGCUGCCAGUUUCAGCACUGGCGUCAGCCUGCCUGUGGACGGAGGUCGUCAUGCCAUGUGCCCGAGAUAAGCCCGGUUUGAAAAGGUGGAGAAACGGCAACAAUGCGGCUGCAUUUAUCGAAUUUAUAAGACAAUAAACUGUCUGUGUAUGUAAAAGAAAAAUUAGAUAAAUAAAUAUUUAAUAACCAA